AUGUUCCCCACUCUCCUUUCUGUCAUUGCGGCCGUCGCCGCUCUGGUUCACGCCCAGAGCCUGAAUGUGGUCAACUCUUGCCCCCAUCCGGUUUUCCUCUAUAUGCAGUCUAGCUUUGGUACUAUUGACAACAAUGUCGCGGUUGCCGCAGGCCAGAGUGCCAAUCUACACAUCUCGAGCAACUGGGAUGGCGCAGUUAACGUCGGAACUGGCUGCAAUGCUGAAGGUACUGCAUGCACCACUGGUGGUCCAACUUGGGAUGGUCGUACACCCUUCUCGAGGGCCGAAUUCAACUGGUGGGCGGUUCCGGGAAUCGUGACCUACGACCUUAGCAUGUUUUAUGGUUACAACGUCGGGAUGAAGAUUUCAGCCGGUAACUGCGAUGCGUUCUCUUGUACCAUGAGCUCCGGAUGCCCUGUCCCGGGUGACUCUUCACUCGGAUAUACCUGCUUCAGUCCCUGCUGCUCCUCCGCCGCUGCCUGUGCCGGAGGUGCUCUCCCUCUUGUCGGCGGUGGGUGCGUUAACAACGAAGGCCCUGGUCCGCACUCUCCGUUCUAUGAAGACACCUGCUACAAUGCAUACGCCUUCCCAGACAACGAUGGUGCAAAUAAUUCCCAGAGGGACUUCGUCGUCGAGAGCUGCAGCACUCUCGAUGUCACUCUGACGCUCUGCCCCAGUGGGCCCAGCUCGCACUACACCUCGUAA